UCCUUCUUUCCAAACACUAGCGUUGCCCUUCUCUCUCUGGCGAACAAAGGGGACGUCGCACGUACAACAUCACGGCACAGCCGUUCCAUUCCUCCAUCGCGCUUACUAGUCAGUAAGAAAAGGGCCAGGACGUUUGAUUUUGAUUCCUGGCACUGAUUUAAGAAUCCUCUAAAUUUUGUCAGGAAAAAACCUACAUAUCCCUGUUGUGCUGAAGAGAGAAUUCAAUGGGCAGAGAGAAUCUAGCAGAGAAAGCACUAAUUCUCCUCCGAAGUAGGCUUUGCAACCCUUGCUUCAUCUUCAAACCUCUAUCUGACUCCCCAGAGAGCAAUUACAGCAAGUUGAAGUUCAUACUAUCAAGUUCAGUCACCGAGGCAUGUAACAACUCAAUCCUGCUUCUUGGUCCUCGCGGUUCUGGAAAAGUAGCGGUAUUGGAGCUUGUCCUGAGUGAUUUAUUGCAAGAAUAUCCUGAUACUAUCACUCUGAUCAGAUUGAAUGGGCUUUUGCACAAUGAUGACAAUUGUGCAUUUAAGGAAAUUGCUAGACAGUUAUGUGUGGAACAUCAACUGGUGUUCUCAAAAAUGGCAUCCUUUGAUGAGAACUCACAGUUCAUAGUAUCUAUGUUACGGGAGUGUGGACUGGCACAUAAAACAAUUAUAUUUGUACUUGAUGAAUUUGACUUGUUUGCUCAGGGAAAACAACGAGUACUUUAUAGCUUGCUAGAUGCAAUGCAAUCAGUAACAUCACAAGGUGUUGUUAUUGGUAUCAGUUGUCGAUUGGAUGCUGACCAGCUUCUGGAGAAAAGGGUAAGAUCUCGCUUUUCCCAUAGAAAACUGUUGUUUCUUCCUCCAUCCGAGGAAGAUCUAGACAGGUUGUUGGAAAACAUUCUAUAUUUACCAACAGAUACAGACUUCCCAUGUGAAUACACUGAUGAAUUUAACGGAAAGCUUAAAAAUAUUUUAAUGGAUGGGAGAUUAAAAGAUAUAAUUCAUGCAUAUUUGAACUCUAAUUCGACAGUAAACAGUUUAUUGAGAUUUCUGUUUCUUGCUGUUUCCUAUAUGGAUGUGGAAUCUGGCUUCCUUUCGCUUGAGAACUUCAAAACUGCAUUUUCAAGCAUGCAGAGGCAGCCAAAGAUGGAAUCUAUAAAAGAUUGCUCUAUCCUGGAACUUUAUCUUCUGGUUUGCAUGAAAAGGUUAGAAGUUAAGGAGCAAAGCUCAUACAACUUCAAUUCUGUGAUGAAAGAGUACAAAAGCGUACACGAUUCUUUUCAGACAUCUGAUCACUAUUCUCAGGAUGUAUGCUUACGGGCAUUUGAAAACCUUCUACAGCGUGAGCUUAUUUGCUUUGCCGACAACAGAGGCUAUGGUCAAUCUCUUGAAUUCCGUCCUGUGAAGCUUCUAAUCUCGCAUGCUGAACUACAUCAGGGAAUGAAAUCUUAUCGGUCCUGUCCUGCCGUUCUUCUUAAGCUGAUGGAUCGAUGAAAGCCGAAAUAACUUGGGGCUUCAAUCAAACGUUAACUUAUUGCGGUGAGACCUGGGAAAAGGGAUGAAGAUUCUCUGCAGCUUCCGAUGGACAAGUUCUUGCGAGAUCAGAAAAUUUGAUGUAUCCGUUCUUCUGCUGCCAACAAAAGCGACUUAUUAAAUUCACCUUUUUAACUCUUUCCCUGCUGUAAUACGAUAGUAGCCAAGUGAUGUAUUGAAAAUAUAGUUCGUUUUUUGCAUUAUGGUGUAUCAUCUAGUGAAAGUUAACAUGAAUGAUCAAGCAAUUUUCUAUCACCCA